GAUAAUCACGUGAUAGUCAUAUGAUUGAAAACAGCACUGUACUUGAAGGGUCUCAGCCUGAACCCCCCCUCUCCAUACAGCAGCCAGCAGUGGGAUUUAACGUUACCGUAGGGUGGUCGCUUUGGCAGUCUUCCUCGUAGCGCCGCGGUGUACGCGCAGCCGCAGAAGUGCACAGGUACCUGGGCUAACCUGUUGGAGUCAUGCUGGCUGUAUUUGUGUUGGUCGCAGCUUCAGUUUCCCGUCCGGCGGGGGCUCGGUACACUGCGGACUGGACCAGUUUGGACGCUAGACCGCUACCUUCAUGGUACGACGAAGCCAAGGUGGGGGUUUUUAUCCACUGGGGUGUGUUUUCUGUCCCCGGCUUUCAGAGCGAGUGGUUCUGGUGGCACUGGCAGGGCGAGCAGCCCCCGGACCAGAAGUGUGUGAGCUACAUGUCUAAGAACUACCCGCCUGGGUUCAGCUACCCGGAGUUUGCCCCCCAGUUUCACGCUCAGUUCUUCAACCCGGGGGAGUGGGCAGACAUAUUCAAGGCUUCCGGUGCAAAAUAUGUCGUCCUGACUGCCAAACACCACGAAGGAUUUACUAACUGGGGCUCUCCAAACUCCUGGAACUGGAAUUCUGUUGAUACUGGUCCUCACAGGGACCUAGUGGGAGACCUGGGAGAGGCGGUGCGCAACAGGUCAUUGCACUAUGGACUCUACAACUCCUUGUAUGAGUGGUUCCACCCUCUCUACCUGGCGGACAAGAAGAACGGAUUCAAAACACAGGAGUUUGUGAUGCAUAAACUUCUACCAGAGCUUUAUAACAUGGUUGUAAGGUACAGGCCUGAGGUGAUCUGGUCUGAUGGGGACUGGGAAGCACCUGACACCUACUGGAACUCCACCCAAUUCCUGGCCUGGCUCUACAAUGACAGCCCAGUCAAAGAUACCAUUGUGACCAAUGACAGAUGGGGAGCUGGCUGUGCCUGUAAACAUGGUGGCUACUAUAACUGUGAAGACAAAUACACUCCGGGCCAGCUGCCCAAGCACAAGUGGGAGAAGUGCACAUCUGUGGACACGUUUUCCUGGGGUUACCGUCGAAACAUGAAGAUGAGUGAACUGAUGGACUUACCCACUAUCAUAAAGGAUCUGGUUGGCACUGUGGCUCUGGGAGGUAACUACCUUCUGAAUGUGGGUCCCACACCUGAUGGGAUGAUCCCUGUAGUGUUCGAGGAGAGGCUCAGGGGUGUCGGAGACUGGCUAGGGAUUAACGGUGAGGCCAUUUACGCCUCUAAACCCUGGAGGAUACAGACCGAGAACACCACUGUACCAGUCUGGUAUACAUCUAAAGGAGAAUCCGUCUAUGCGAUCAUGACAGCCAAACCCCCCAAGCUCACAUUGCAACUACUGGGACCUAAAACAUCUGGAGCCACUAAGGUGACCUUGUUGGGAAAUCCGAAGCCCUUGCCCUGGUCCCCAGUCCAACCCAAUGCUGGCCUUACUGUCCUUCUGCCUGAACUGUCCUGUACCCCAGGUCAAGCCUGGACACUCAAACUGGACGGGAUCCAGUGAGCUUUAAACCCCAAAAACCUCAAUAAGGUUGAAUAUUCAGAAUUUGUUCAUCUCAGGGUUUCAUGUUUGUAGGAUGAGGGAAAGUAUAUGCACUAUGGUUGAAGGGACAGGGCUUAUGUAGUUAUUAAUUAAUGAUGAAUUAUGUAUUUCUGCUAAACUGAAGUAAUGGAUCGCUCUUCUUCAAUGAUUCCUUUGUAUCACUGAGGACUAAAGGUUUAAUGUGUCACUUCCUGUUAAUUGUGCUCAUUGUAAUCAUUGAAUCAUUAUCAAUGAAAAGUGGAUUCUGCUGUUCAGCUUAUAAAGCUUUCCUGGCAUCUUCUCAGCUAUCUAAUUGCUGUUUCAGAACCAAUUUAUUUUCUUCCAGGUGGUUUGUUUGAACACUUUACAUACAGCACUUUUAAAAUGUUUGAAUAAAAGAUGAUUUGAUGUAA